AUGGCUGAUCCCCGCAUCCUUAAGGAAUCCACCGUCGGCCUACCUUUUAUAAAAGCCCACAGCCAGUGCCAACCACCCUCACCCUCAUCCGCCCAGCCCGAAUACCACAUGCAGUGUGUGAGAUGUGACCGGUGGCACGCCGACCGCGCCGAACUUGAACGCCAUCUCUCAAAGGAUCAUGCCGAUGUGUUUUGUGCGCCAUGCAAAGUGCUGUUCGCCCAGCCCAACGAAUUGGCGAUGCAUCGCAGGUCCUCAGUCCAUCAAUCAAAGGUUGUCAGAUGUCCCCAUCGCGCUUGCCUUAAGACAUUUGUGAACACUCCGGCACUUGUUGCGCAUUUCGAAGCCGGUAUCUGUCAAUCUGGAGUGACGCUGGAACACGUAGAUGCUCACUUCGCAUACGAUUGCGACCAUCAACAACUAUUUGUCAGAAGGGAAUCGAUCUUUGCCAAACGUCGCUGGUCAAUUCCCGCUCACUAUGGUCCAUUCCAAUGUCCGUGCUGCCCUAAAGCAUUCGACUAUCACGGCCAGCUCUUAUCCCAUCUCGACUCUCCCAGACAUAAGAACCACGACCAGAAGGCAUACGUCUGUCCUUCCGCACGCUGCGGAAAAGUCCAUUUUUAUUCCCUCUCCGGCUUGCUAUUGCAUCAAGAAACUGGCAAUUGUGAAAUGGGACAUCGACGGCAACUGUCCCAAUUAGUCAACCGUUUUCUCAACAUCAUCACGCACCUCUAA